AUGCUGUUGACGGCUUCACGCACCUCGCCUAGCGCGAGACUACUCCAGACCCACGCUGUGGGUUCCAACGUCCUCACAUCUACCGCUUCGCUACAGUCAAGGUGUGCCUGUCAAAGCCGCGAGUUUUGCUUUGGCUCCUGGUCAUCAGCACCCCAAACUCAACAAGGCCGUCGACAUCAUGGCAGGUUCCGUUACCGGUACAUGGAAGCCUUGAACCGCAAUCUCUCCUGGGAGAACAACGCCAAGGAUGCAAUCAAGAAGGCAAUGGCUAGCUUUGGUCGCCAUGCUGACUCGAGCAAGUACGCCAACAUGGACCAGGUCAAGUCCUGGUCAGACGAUCUUUCGGGCAUCCGACCCGGUAUGAACAUCGAGGAUGUGGAACGAAGCGCAAUUGAUCAUUUGAUCCGGGGCGACAACAAGGCCAAUAUCCGCAAGACCACUCUUACUGGUACACAUCACUUUAGUCGCUCACAAGGCACAAAGAAGGCGACACCGGCCGACGUUUUGAAAGCCACCACGGAAAAUGAAGACGCCACCUUCAUUGAUCCCAUCACCAACCGCCGAAAGCCCAAGUCAUCCAUGACUGGACCUGCUGCUCGAUAUGAAGACUUGGAGGGCUACAAGCCUACCGACUUUGUUGACAUCACGGCAGAGGCGGACUCUGCUCCCAAGUAUGAGGAUUUGGACAAGUAUGGCCCGAUCAAGGAUGGCAAAGACACCGGCAAGCCUGCUCAAGAGCCAAAAUACAACGACUUGGACAAGUAUGAGCCUGUGAUUGACGAGACACCCAUCAAGGAUGAGUCGUCUGCAUACGAGGAUCUCGAUAACUAUGGCCCGGUUCGCUGGAACGAGCCCGAUGGUCUCCGAAAGCCAACCCCCGAGGAAGAUUCCAAGGAGUACAACGACCUCCACAAAUAUUCUUCGGCCAAGCUUGAUGAUCCCUUCACUCAACGGGAAUUAACCCCAGAAGAGCAGUCCAAGAUUUACGAUGACCUGGACAAGUACAAGCCGGUUCACUGGAACGAGCCAGACGGAUUGCGCAAACAGACUGAUGAGGAGUUGUCUAAGAACUAUGACGAUCUUCACAUGUAUGGCGCCGUUUACUGGAAUGAACCCGAUGGCCUGCGGGAGCCCACCGCUGAGGAAGCUUCCAAGAACUACGGAGACCUAGGUUUGUACGAGGCUGUCACUUGGAACGAGCCUGAUGGUCUGCGACAAUUGACGCCGGAGGAGAAGUCGAAGCAGUACAAGGACCUUGACGCUUAUGCCGCCCCCUUCGAAGUCAGCAAGGCCACCCUCAAGGCCCACGAGGAAUCUCAGAUGGAUGCCACCCCACGUGGCAAGCCCCUCGCCCCCAAAGUGGAUGCUCCGGUCGAGAACUUUGCCCGCAAGUACAAAGACCUCGGUCAGUACGGACCCGUCCGUUGGAAUGAGCCAGAUGGCCUCCGGAAGCUCACGCCAGAGGAGCAAUCCAAGAACUAUGAUGAUCUCCACCUGUAUGGCGCUGUCCAAUGGAACGAGCCUAACGGUCUCCGGCAAUUGACCCCAGAGGAGAAGUCGAAGCAGUACAAAGACACUCGUCAAUACGCUGCUCGCGAUUUGUCCCCUCGCGUGGUGCGUGUCCACCCUGAAGAGGCCUCAAAAGCAUACAAGGACUUGACUGGCUACCGUCAUUUCGAGAACGGCGACGCGACUACCCCACGAGUGCACCCUGAGGAAGCAUCAAAGCAGUACGCCGACCUACACAAGUACUCGGUCUAUGACAACGACGGACCUGAAACGGAGCGCACGCACCCUGAACAAGCAUCCAAGCAGUACCAAGAUGUGUCCGAGUAUCCCUCUGCCGGCUAUGAGGAGCCUGCCAAGUUUGAGCACGUCCACCCUGAGCAGAUUACCAAGAACUAUACGGAUCUUGACGGCUACAAGCCUGCUGGCUUUGUCUCUCAGGCCCAGGCUUACCCUGCCCACCCUGAGGAAGCCUCCAAGGUCUAUCAGGACCUUCACAGAUACAAGGCGUUUGGCCACAACGAGCCCAACGGCAAGAUCUCUAUUCCUCUGGAUGAAGUCGCCCGCGGCCUCCGAGAGUUCGAUUCCAAGGCAGGUUCUCAAGAUGUCACGGAUGGACCACCAGUUACUUAUCAGCGCGAGAGGAACAGGUUUUUUCCCGACUUUACGGAAACUAGUAUCGAUAUUGUCGACUCUCGGAAUGCUGAGCAGAUCCGGGCUGCAACCUUGCGUAGAGCCCAUGAGAGCAGCCAAGAGCGGAAAUCGGCCGAGACCAAAGAUCAACCGAUCGUUGUGGAAAUUGCAGCAGAGGAUGGGAAAUCUGCUGACACGCCAAAAAUUCAGAACCUGACGGGAAACUACACUCGGGACUUUCCAGAGGAGUUUGCGGCAUCAUGGGGAACCGAGAAUUCGGCGUCUAAGUCGACACUCCUCCCCAAGAACACAACUGGGGGGACGGAUGUUGAAGGAGUAACAUCGAGUGUUGACAUUGACAGUGCAGAGGCUCAAUCUAUGGACGAAACCUCUCCGGCCGAAUUUGCGAGACUACAGCCUGCUUUGGACCGGUAUGGAGACAAGAUUACGAAGGAUGCCUAUUCACAUGAACCCCAGGGUCUGCAGACAAGCUUUUCAGAAGAGUGCGGGAAGUCAACGAUGCCCAUCACGGAGAAGCAUUACACAUCGAAGAAGCCAGAGACAGCCUCGUACAAGAUCCUCGCCUACGAUCCAACGUCACAGACCAUGAACGUGGCAGAAGCUACCUCGGCGCCACGCGACGAGGACUCGCCAAUGGCCCUCUCGGAAGUGCUUCUCCAGCUGUCGAAUCCCGCCAAAUUUCUCCCUCACUUCAAACCUCUCCAGAGUCAAGGAUACGAGGUCGUUUCGGGCAGUGGCGAUGUACUGAUCUUUCGCAAGAUGGGACCAGCCACUGCACAGAGCGGAGUAGAAGUGACAGAACGCAUCAAUACCGCACGAGUGAACCCGAUCGACAUGAUGGGCAAGCCUGCGACUGGAAACUUUGCAAGCCCGACCGGGUUUGUCAACUACGAUACGCCCUUUGAACACAUGGAUAAACCGGCUCCGCCAUAUGGAUGGAGGGUAGACCCUGAGGAUGAACAGGCUUGGAAGGAAUUUAUGGCGACCAAACAACGAAAGGACAUGCCGACGAAGCAACGCAAGAAGAGAAGACUUGGCCGCAAGCUCAUUCUGGGAACGGCAGGACUUGCAGGAACGGCAUAUGCUCUGGCAGUAUCGGCCGAGUACAUGAGUACCAAAGGGCUGGACCCUGAGAAGUCGAGAACACGACGCCAGUAG